GCUCCGUCGCGCGCAGCCUCCGACCUUCUUUUCUCGGGUACCGGAAGAAGGCGGUUCUCUUUUCGUUCCUAGCGCAGCCAUGGCUCGUGGUCCCAAGAAACAUCUGAAGCGUGUAGCAGCUCCAAAGCAUUGGAUGCUGGAUAAACUGACUGGUGUGUUCGCUCCUCGCCCAUCUACUGGUCCCCAUAAGCUGAGAGAGUGUCUUCCUCUCAUCAUUUUCUUAAGGAACAGACUUAAGUAUGCCCUAACAGGAGAUGAAGUAAAGAAGAUCUGUAUGCAGCGUUUUAUUAAGAUUGAUGGCAAGGUCCGAACUGAUAUAACAUACCCUGCUGGUUUUAUGGAUGUCAUCAGCAUUGACAAGACUGGAGAGAAUUUCCGUCUGAUCUAUGAUACCAAGGGUCGCUUUGCUGUUCAUCGGAUUACACUCGAGGAGGCCAAGUACAAGUUGUGCAAAGUGAGAAAGAUCUUUGUGGGGACAAAAGGAAUCCCCCAUCUGGUGACUCACGAUGCUCGCACCAUCCGCUACCCUGAUCCCCUCAUCAAAGUCAAUGACACCAUUCAGAUUGAUUUGGAAACCGGAAAGAUUACUGAUUUCAUCAAGUUUGACACUGGUAAUCUGUGUAUGGUGACUGGGGGUGCUAACCUGGGAAGAAUUGGUGUGAUCACCAACAGAGAGAGACACCCUGGUUCGUUUGAUGUGGUUCACGUGAAAGAUGCCAAUGGCAACAGCUUUGCCACCCGACUGUCCAACAUUUUUGUUAUUGGCAAAGGCAACAAACCAUGGAUUUCUCUUCCCCGUGGAAAGGGUAUCCGCCUCACCAUUGCUGAAGAGAGAGACAAGAGACUGGCGGCCAAACAGAGCAGUGGGUAGAAUGGUCCCUAGGUGACGUGAUUGGAAGUCUUUAUACCUAAUUAAAGACUGGACUCUGGGUGAUGGGAGGGAGAACACAAAGGACUUGUCAAAGAAGGAGCAGCAACUAACCCAGGAGCCGGGAGAGCGGGGGGAGGGGGGGGGGCAGAACUCAUCUGUUCUACUGAUUCUUCACU